AGAAAUCUUCAAAAUGGAUUAAUCUGGUAGUAAUGUUGAAGCUGAAACAAAGCUGCUGUAACCAAACACAGGAUGAGUUGGAUGUCAGGCGAUCAAGAAAACGCCCAAGGCAGCAAUCUGGGUUCUCAUCCUUCUUUAAGGGAUGUUCAUUCCAUCAACCCAACACAGCUAAUGCCAAGAGUUGAGCCCUAUGAAACCCGGGGGGGAAAAGGCAUUUCCGAUGUUCGAAGAACAUUCUGUUUAUUUGUCACAUUUGACUUGUUUAUAAUCUUCCUGUGGAUAAUAGAAUUAACGUGAGUAAAUGGUGGCAUUGAAAAAACACUAGAAAAAGAAGUUCUGCAUUAUGACUACCAUUAUUCAUAUUUUGAUAUCUUUCUCCUGGCAGUUUUUCGGUUCAAGAUUUUGAUACUUGCAUAUGCGCUGUGCAGACUACAGCACUGGUGGGCAAUAGCAUUUACAACUGCUGUAACCAGUGGCUUCUUAUUAAUAAAAGUAAUUAUUUCAAAGCUGUUAUCUCAGGGUGCUUUUGGCUAUGUGUUGCCUAUCAUAUCUUUUCUUCUUGCCUGGAUAGAAACAUGGUUCUUGGAUUUCAAAGUUUUACCACAAGAAGCAGAAAAAGAAACCAGACUAUUGCUAGUACAGGAUGCUUCUGAACGAGCUGCCCUUAUUCAACCUGGGCUCCUUUCUGAUGGGCAGUUUUAUUCCCCUCCUGAAUCUGAAGCAGGAUCUGAUGAAGAAUCUGAUGAAGAAAAGCAGGAUAGUGAAAAACCAGUUGUAUAACAAAUAUUGCAAUUGGAGAGUGAAAACUUGACUGUGGAAUGGCUUGAAGAUUCCCACUCAUAGAACUAUUAUGGUGAUGCUGGCAGUUCACUUAUUGUUGAAACUCCUAAUGGCAUUGUUAAUUUAAUUAUUAAUCAAAGGAAUUUAUCUCCCUGCUCUAUAAUACCUCAUCAAACCUGUUUUGCAUCUUCAUACAUCUACAUAUAUGUGCAGACAGAACACACAGACACACAUGCAUACAUACAUAUUUCUGUAUGUGUGUUUAUGUGUGUGAUUAAAUCAUACCUAAUAUGAAGAAAUACUUGUUAUAAUGUAUUAAUUUAGGUUUGAAAUACAUCUGGUCUUCUGAGAUGUGGGGGAAUUAAAUCAGUAGUCUGUAUAGUGGUCAGCUAAUAAGGAUUUAGAUUUGUUAUAAUUUUUGCAUUAACUUUAAUUUUAACAAUACAUCUUUUUUAAAAUGAAGUACACAUUUGUGUAUUAAAGAAACACAUUAAUAAAAAGUGAUAUCAUAGA